UAUCAAUCAGAGCAAAUGAACUCAUUCUUCUAGUCUACAGCAUUGUGAUGUCCUCCGCAAAGCUGCUGAAGCAGGAGGCCUGCUUGUGGAUGCAAUGAUAAACGUCCAAGAUGGUUCAAAAGAGAAUUCAUCUUCAGUUCCUUUAAUGGUUGUUGAGAAUGGGUGUGGUAGUCCAUGCAUUGAUUUACGGCAGGUCAGCUCAGAGCUAGCCGUUGCAGCAAAAGAUGCCGACCUGAUAAUCUUGGAAGGGAUGGGUCGCGCUCUCCAUACAAAUUUCAAUGCUCAUUUUAAAUGUGAUGCUCUGAAGCUUGCAAUGGUGAAGAAUCAGAGGUUGGUAGAAAAACUGAUCAAAGGAAACAUAUAUGAUUGUGUCUGCCGAUAUGAAUCAGCCAGUGGAGAGCUUGCAUCAUCAAAGUUCCAACACGUGCCCAAAUGUUUGCAUUUCUCUACUGAGAUAGGAGGACAAGGGAAUUAUCAAUUCAGAAGAUCAUCUUGCACAUUGAUGUUCAAGUUUUCCUCCUCCUGGAUGAAAACAAAAAUUGGUUUGGAACUUGUGUAUCUCAGGAGCUUCAACAAAUCUAGUUGCUGGCUUUAAACCAAUCUCUGAUCAUAGAUUUAAAAAGAGAAGAGAUUCAUUCAGUUUUACAGU